AUGGACAGCGCCGCCAAGAACGAAACCGAAAACGAACCCGAGGACGAGGAGCUCAAGCUCAUCAAGGCCUCUGCGGGACUCCUGGCAGACUUCGAAGCGGAACUGCCCAAAGUGCUCUGGAAGACCAUCCCGUCUUCGCCAAAACGUGUCCAUAAACACGUCACGAAGCACGACCUUAAUCGGCUAGUCCAACUGAUUGAGCCCUUCCAAGGCGAUCCUCAGCUGCUUGAUGCCAAGCUGAAAUCGACGCUCCCUGUGAUAGUGGAUGCCUACCUGGAAUAUCUGCGAUAUGGCCCCGUUCCUCCAUCGCCACAUAUUGAUCUCCAGACUGCUGCCUGUACGCUGUUGUAUACCCUGUGCAAAGUCCGAGACUACAAGGUCAUCGUAGGAUUUCUGAGCAACGAGCCGAAAUACUUGGAACCAAUCCUAGCAAGGCUUGAGGAAACCAUUCAGUCAGAUCAGGAAGACCAAGUAGCGUGGCAGGUACCAUAUGUGCUUCUUCUAUGGCUUUCCCAUCUUCUCCUCGCCCCCUUCGACUUGAGCUCCAUAUCAGCACGAGAAACUCCGGCCGAUCCAGAUAGCUUUCUCGGACUGUACCAGAUACCGCAACUGGCGAAGAGGGUGCUUCGCGUGGGUCUGGCCUACCUCGGAUCCCCAACAAAAGCUCAGGAUGCAGCCGCUUCCAUGCUUGUCCGACUCUCCAUCCGCCCAGAUGUUGUCAAAUCGCAGCUGGCAGAUGCACUCAUCGAAGCGAGCUUGCCCAAACUUGCCACUGAUAGCCUCAGCAUAACGGACACAUACGAACUACUGGGCGCCCUCAGGCUCGUGGCUGGCAUAGCUGCCGCUGCUGAACUCAGCCACCUCGUGCCUCUCAUCUACAGUAGCUGCGAAAGAGCUUUCGUGGAUGACUCGAAUAUGACGUUGAAUUCGAACGCUGUGGCAAAGAAAUUUGCUAUCAAGACUCUGCGUAACAUUGCCAUCUUGUCACUUCGGUCUGCGGGCACGAACGGCAUCCUGUUGGACUUCCUCCAGACGACAAGCGUGCUCGAGAACGUCGUUGACUACCUGCUGCGAGCAUUAGGCGACAAGGACACUCAAGUCCGCUACGCUGCUGCAAAAGCCAUCAGUCUGCUGGUGCAGGAGCUAGAUCGGGAAAUGGGCCAUGAGAUCAUCCAAGCCGUACUUGAUUCAUUCAAAGAGGACAUGCCGCGCUCUUCUACGACUGUGGAUUUCACCAUUGCAAAUCCUUUGAAGUGGCAUGGUCUCACAUUGGCCCUCGCGCACACACUCUUCAAGCGUUCUGGGUCGCCGGAACAGCUGCCUGAUAUCCUUGAUGCGCUUAUAUCAGCCCUGCAGUUCCAGCAACGUACCAGCACAGGCAGCACGCUUGGCACCAAUAUUCGCGACGCUGCAAACUUCGGUAUCUGGUCGUUAGCUCGGCGAUACACCACAGCAGAGCUGCUCUCGGUAUCGGCCAAUUCUCUGCACAGUAGCAACCGGACCGCUUCGGACGACUCCGUAAUUCAAGUGCUAGCAACACAACUCCUCUUAUCGGCAUGUCUGGACCCCGCUGGCAACAUUCGGCGGGGAUCGUCUGCUGCUUUGCAGGAAGUGGUUGGUCGUCACCCAAACAAGAUAAUUGAGGGUAUCACACUCGUGCAGGUGGUUGAUUACCACACCGUGAGUCUCAGGAGUCGUGCCAUGACAGACGUGGCACAUGCCGCGGCAGGACUUCAUCCCCAUUACUGGCGAGCUCUGUUUGAUGGACUGCUCGGGUGGCGAGGUCUUGGCUCUGCAGAUGUACCUUCGCGGGAGAGCACUGCGAAUUCAAUCGCGAGACUCGCAAUAUCCACUCCUGAGACUUCAUCAUCACAGGUCCUGAUGGAGGUGCUCAAGCACGUGACGACCUGCCCACAACAAGACGUGGAACGAUUACAUGGUCUAGCACUAUCGGCAGCCAAUAUCGUCAAUGCUCAAAGAUCGAAGACUUCGGCCGAGGAACACCUCGAUGCUUUGCCUCAUCUCGUCGCUGCGUUCGGAUGCCUCGUGGCAGCUGCACAAGACUUCUCGCCAAGAACUCUUCGCUCGGAGUACCCAGCAGCGUUGUCCCGGUACAUCACCGCUUUAUGUGACGAAAUCCGCAUGAACCUGAUGCAUGGCGAACAUGCAAGUCUGGUUCCGCUUGAUACAAUAGACCGCGCUGUCGAUCGUCUGUUGGCUCGCCACGAGGAAUCCAUAUUAGUAACAACACCCGACCUGGCACGGAGUCUUUUAGGAGUGAAGCGCGCGGCACAAAUCCCACUGGGCUGUAUCGCCGCUGCAGACCUAGCUAAUGCUGUGUCCAAGGACGGCAUGAAAAGCACGUUACACAGUGCUGGAAGAGCUUUGGCCUUGGGGGCUCUUGCAUCGUUGUAUAGUGCAGAUGGCCUGGCUGGAGACAAGGCUACUACAGUCGUCACGAGCUUGUGUGGAUUGCUGCAGGCCAUGAACGUCAAUUGGCGCAUCAUCGGAGCCCGAUCGCUCGAACUCGUGGUGCAGAGUGUGGCAGACGCCUCAAGCAUUGAUGCUGCACUGGCUGCUCAGAUAUGUGCAGCCAUAGACAGAGGUCUGAACGACUAUACCAUCGAUGAGCGUGGCGAUAUUGGUUCUCUGGUCAGACUCCAAUGCAUCGCCUGCGCUUCCCAGAUUUUCAGUACUCGAGCGUUCCUCUGUAAUCCUGACUCGGUCAAGACUCUGGAAGCCAAUAUCUACCGAUUAUCUAUGGAGAAACUGGAUCGCGUCCGCUUGCAAGCAGCAAAAUGUCGCAGUCAACACCUCGAUCUCGAAAUCACAGCGCCAGAUAUCGCCAGCGUUUCAUCACACACGUACUUCGAAGUUGCACUACAACCCCUCUGGCACGACACGUCUGCACACAUCUUCAAAGCAGUAGUACAAGGCUGCAUCUCCUGCGCAGGGCUCGGCGCCAAAUCCAUCUUACAAGCCGCGCGAUACGUUCUCAUCAACGGUCUCUAUGCCGCACAGACUGCAACCCUCGAAACCUUCCUCACGACUCUCAUCACCAUCAUGAAAGAGCAACUCGCCGAGACUACCAACUCGCUACCAGCCUUGGAACUCCUCGCCUUCCUCCUCGACAUGCAACUCCCCCAACAGCGACUCACGGCCACACCAUCGUCAGAUUCCACCACGUUCAAAUGGCGCAAUUUGUUAUCCGUCGUACAAAAGUCUCACCACAAAUCCAACGAAAUCCCCAAAAUCUUGGCUGCUGUACACGUCUAUCUCGGCUUGGCAGAUGUCCCCGCGAUACGAAGUGAGACGUUGAAGAAGCUGCUCAGUAUGUUACAGACGAAUCCGUAUCCGCAUGUUAGAAUUGAUGUGGCAGAGGCUUUGUAUAUGAUUACGAGAGAGGAGGGGUUGGAACCGGUGAAUUGGUCUCGGCCUGCAAAGGAGAAUGGGCCGAUGGUGGAGGAGUUGCGGGAGAAGUAUGUUGUUGAGGAGCUGCGCUGAUUGUUUUUUUUUUUGGGAGAGGGCAGGAUAUGGUUUAGUGUCCACUGAGCGCGUAUAAAAAAAGCGUGUAAAAAAAAAAUAAGGCUCGGUGGGUUAAUGACUUUUGUGUUAAAUGGAUGAGAGGUAAUUGUAACCGGUGAGGAGAAGGACUGUAGUAUUACAAUAACGAGGUUCGUACAUAGUGUUCGUCGUCGUCGUCGCCAUUAUAAUAUCGC